AUGCACCGCAAUCCUGCUGGUCGAAGUGCUUGCGUGCAUCAAACUAGCCAGAUCUCUGCGCUUAUUUGCGCAGAGCUCGACCAGCACUGCGCCGCGACGCAAGCUGCACGCAUGAGAGCAAGGCGGGCGGAUGAAGUGCUUCUUCCCUCGACGGAGCGGAGAGCGAGUGAGGGGGAUGACGAGGAGGAGGGGGAUGCGGAGGAGGAGGGGGAGGCGAAGGGAAUCGGGUGGGGUGGAGGCGAGGUUGAGAAGGGCAACGGGAACCGUCUGCUUAGCGCAGAUAUACCUGCAAAAUCAUAA